AAUGUUAUUUGAUUUUAAGUAAGGGUGUGUGGCUGCCUUGCUAUGCUAUCUAGAAGAUCAUACUGCUAUAAAGGGAGGAUGUUUCAAAUAAUCACUUCUGACAAACAAUCACAUUGAAUUUGAAAUACUCCACAUAAGUAGCUAGUUAAAUGAUACUAACAUUAAGUAAAUUAUGAUUAAAUAUAGACUACUGUCAAAAUUAAUUAUGUACGAUGUCACUGAAUAUGGAACCUAUUUGAACGUUCUUGUUUCAGGGGGACAUAAAUUACCCACAACAACUUUGUUUUUAUCGGAAGAAUAUCGCAAGCCAUUCGUUAGUCAACGUUUCUGUAACUUCACUGUGCACAUUUCUUUUUUUAAAUUUCUUUUAGACACGAAUCAAGAAACUUGAUAUAAAGAUUGAUGUAUGAGCUUUACUUAGAAGAAUGUUAGUCAGUUAUAGUAGCAGCUCUGAAGAGGAGACCGAACAUUUACGAUUAGGAGGGGAUGUAACAAAAAGGAAGCAAAGUUGGCACAAAGAUGACAACUCAUUGAGGAAGAAGCACAAAUCAGAAGAGCACACCCUCAAUGCAAGUGUAUCUAUGCAUAGGGAGGAAGACGACUCCAAGUCAAGACUGCCUGUUCCUGGCAGUGUGCUGGACAUGUUCACAGAGGAAGAUGAGGACCCACUGACUGACGACAGCAUGCAACAUGGUGGACGGAUUCGCUCCUUCAAACACGAGAGAGGAAACUGGGCCACUUACGUGUACUUUCCAUACAUCCCAGAGGAAGGGUUCUUGGAGCUGCUUGAUGAGAUGACUGAAGUAGCAGCAUCCCAUAGCUUCUCCCUCACUCAUACAGAUGAGUUUCACCUCAGUUUAUCUAAGACAGUGGUUCUGAGGCAUCACUGGAUCCAGCCUUUCAUACAGUCCCUCAGAACAGGCUUGACACAUAGCAGCAGGUUCAUUUGUUCAGCUGAGAAGCUGAAGGUCUACUCUAAUGAUGAGAGAACCAGGACGUUCCUGGCUAUGGAAGUCUCCACAGGACAGGCUCAGCUACUAGAGCUUGUGAAAGCAGUGGACAGCACUAUGGAGGAGUUCAACCUUGACACUUUUUACAAGAAUCCUUCCUUCCAUAUAAGUCUGGCCUGGUGUGCUGGUGACUGCACUGAACACAUUCGCAAAGAGUGUCUGCAGGAGUUGCAGGGUCUGUUUGACUCCCAUGAGGAUGGACCCUUCCUCUUGAGACUGGACUGUCAAGAGCUGCGCUGUAAGGCUGGGAACAAGACCUUUUCCAUUCCACUACACUGAUGAAACCAGUUCUCAUUCAGUCUGAUCAACUGUAAUGUUAGGAUACCUCAACAGUAAAAUGUGACAAUCAAAAGUACAUAUUUUUUUAAAUGAGUGAAAGGUUAUUUGAUUCAAUCUAGAAAACGGCAGUGAUGCGAUAUUUAUCAAGCAACUUCCUUUGAAGAUUGCACACAGCUUCAUACGUGAGGCUUGUUUUGAUAACGUGUUCAAGCAUUACUGCUACAGUUCCUGUAUGACAAGACACUGACCCGAGAUUAAGAGUAUUUCAAAUUAUCUUAUUGACCAAGGUAAAAUGUGACCUAUGAAACCGUUGUCAACUAAAGCUUUAAUCUGUU